UGGAUGACCCAAGGGAGGGCUGAUAGGAAUGAUCAUAUUUAAAAUGAAGAAAAACAUAUUUUUUGAAAGUCAUAGCUUAUACUGUUUGUAAUACUGGACACCCUGUAACAUUAUAGUUACUUCUUAUGCGACACUGAUUUGCAGAAUGGGGUAUAUGAUAAACAAGGGGGAGGUUUCUGAGUAUAUAAAUGUAAAUGACUCCCAAAUUACAAAACUUUAAAUUAAAAAAAACAGAAGAGGAAGACAGCACAGUGUCAGCCAUGGAACUUCUUUUGUGUCUAUCCAUCGGAAUUCUGAGUGCGUAUGUGACAACAGUCAGCAGUCAGUCAUUUGGCAAUCAACCUUCCUCUCUAUGUGGAAACUGGGAUUGCAAGUGUGCCAUGAAUCAAGAUAUGGACUGCUGCUGUAUCUUUGAGAAGUACCAGCGCUAUGAGGAAUAUCUGAUGAACCUGAUGUCGGACUCCUAUUAUCAAGUUGAGCAACUAUCUCAAGUACCAAACUUAAUUCAAGCUUCAUACCAAGUGGCAUUCUCUGUAACCUUAAAUAAAUCCAAAUGCUAUGGACCUUUUACUGUCAGCGCGCCUGUGGCCUACAACAAUGUACUUCUGAACAGAGGCAAUGGCUACCGGCCUUCAUUGGGUGUCUUCACAGCCCCUACGGCGGGUGUCUACUCAAUAUCAUACACAGUCUUUUCUAACGACAACACAACCCCUUCAAGCAAUGCACGUAUCUACCACAGUGUCUCCUUAAUGAAGAACGGUGAUGAUAUUCUCACUGUGUGGAAGGACAACCGCAAAGACUUGGAGGACAGUGGCACCCAUGGAAUAAUACUUGUACUGGAAAAAGGAGACCAAAUCUACCUCCAUCUUUUAGCAGGUCGCUACCUCUGUAAUGACCUUUUCAAAUCCAAUACUUUUUCAGGUUACCUCCUUUACCCAUUAUAAUUCUAAGCAAUGCCAUUACCCGACUGAAGUAAGUCUGCUGUCAGAAUAGACAACAAUAGUAGGUUAUAACAAUUAAAGACAACCCAUAUUAAAGUUUUCCACAACAUUAUCAA